UUUACCAAAGGUAAGGGCUAUAAUCCUCUGCAGAUUUAUUAUUCUUCUUCUUUCUCCUCUCUCGUUCCAACGGCUCUCAACAGUAAAAUGCAGCACCGGCAAGAGAUCGAUCGCCACCGCAGCGUGGUGGUGGAGCUACCACUCGAAGACGGAGACGGAGACUGCGCCACAUUCGAUUUGGAAAAAGCAGUAUGUAGCCACGGCCUAUUUAUGAUGGCCCCAAACCGCUGGGACUCUCUCUCCAAAACCCUAGAACGCCCACUACGCCUCUCCGAAAACAUCAACGAUGAUGAUCACGAACAAUCAGUUCUUGUCCAAAUUACUCAACCCUCGGAUUCUCCUCAUUCACUCCUUCUUCGAGUUUUCGGUACUGAUUCCCUUUCUACUAUACAACAACGCUCUCUGCUGGGUCAAGUGAGGCGAAUGGUGAGAUUAUCAGUGGAAGAGAAUAAAAGAGUGAAACAGUUUCAGGAGAUUUGUGGAGAAGCAAAUGAGAGGGGAUUUGGGAGAGUGUUUAGAUCGCCGACAUUGUUUGAGGACAUGGUGAAGUGUAUGCUGCUCUGCAAUUGCCAGUGGUCAAGGACGUUGAGCAUGGUUGAAGCAUUAUGCGAGCUUCAGUUGGAGCUGAACUGUCCCUCGUUAGCUGCAUCUUUUCCUGAUCCUGAUAAUCAAAAUCAGUUGAAGGGCAUAACUUUCAAGUCUGAGCAUUUCACUCCAAGAACACCAGCAACACCAGCAGGAAAAGAAUCACGAAAAAGAGCUGGAGCUUAUGGAUGUUCCAGAAAAUUGUUGGAGAGGCUUACCGAAGUCGAAGAAAUCAUAGAUAUAGGGAAACCGGGUGUAACUGUGACACCUGCAUUUUCAGUUGGUGAAGAGGUUCUCAAAAAGAGUAAUCUUUGUCGGGAUACUACUGAGGUUUGCGAUGUUGGUACAAGUGCACCAUUCAAUCCUGAUCCUUCAGAAGAUAGAAAGCUGAGCUCUUUUAAUCAGCUUGGGAACUUCCCUAGCCCGAAAGAAUUGGCAAGCCUUGAUGAAAGUUUUCUAGCAAAGCGUUGCGGUCUUGGUUAUAGAGCUGGCCGCAUUAUAAAGCUUGCUAAGGGCAUAGUUGAAGGCAGUAUUCAGUUGAAAGAACUUGAAGAAGCUUGUAGCAACCCAAGCUUGGCCAAUUAUGAUAAAAUGGCUGAGCAGCUGAGAGAAAUAGAUGGAUUUGGCCGAUUUACUUGUGCUAAUGUACUUAUGUGCUUGGGUUAUUAUCAUGUGAUUCCUACUGAUUCAGAAACAAUUAGGCAUCUAAAGCAGGUUCGUGCGAGAACCUCCACCAUACAGAACGUUCAAAGAGAUGUUGAAAAUAUUUAUGGGAAGUAUGCACCGUUUCAGUUCUUAGAAUAUUGGUUGGAGGUGUGGCACUUUUAUGAGGAACGGUUUGGUAAGCUUAGCGAGAUGCCCCACUCGGCAUAUAAACUUUUUACUGCCGCAAAUAUGAGACAUAAAAGAAAGGGCAAAUGCAAGAAGUUGAACAUAACCUCAGCGAAAAGCUUGGCGUGUAACUUAGAAGGAUAA